AAUUAAUUUCCUAUUAACGUUUUUAAACAAGUAUUCGUCAUGGAAUCCUAGUACGCGAUUGAAUUUCAUUAAAUGAUUAGUACAGUGACAAAACGUUCGAGUAAUGUUGAUUGUGUGUAUGUGUUGACGUUAUGAGAGUAAAUAUAUUUGACAAGGCUGUAAAUAUUUCAUCCCCAUGGCUAAAGGAAAAUUGAGGGGUUCAGACUCAAAUAAUAAGUUAACAGCUUCUAAUGCAACUUUUAAAAAUGGGGAAACAUAUACAUCAGAGUUUGAAAUUAAUGAAAUACCACCUAGUGCCCGCACACUGCUUACAAAGGGUUACAUACAAGAUGAAAUUAAUUCUUAUUCAGGUGCUACUGUUUCAACACGUGGACGUUUCAUGACAGAACAAGAAAAAUUACGUUGUCCAAAUGAACGUCCUUUAUACCUCUACAUACAGGGACAUACAAAACACAAUGUAGACUUGGCUAUACAAAAAAUUAAUGAAAUUAUUAAAACAGAGCAUCAGAGUUCUUUAAAUAGGCCAAGUAGGUUUACCAAUGCACCACCACCUCUUAUGAGUUUACAUUCAGGAGUUACAUCCGUGGAAAAAAUUUGUGUUGGAAUAGAAAAUGCUCCUGAAGGGUUUGAUUUAAGAGGUAGAAUUAUAGGUGCAGGUGGAGCAAAUUUGUUAUAUAUUAGGGGUGAAACAGGUGCAAAUGUAACUUUAAGAGGUAGAGGGUCACAAUUCAUUGAUCCUGUUCUAGGAACUGAAUCUCCUGAACCAUUACAUUUGUAUAUAGAGCAUCCAAAGCCAGAAGCAUUGCAAAAUGCAAAACAGUUAGCAAUCAAUUUAAUUCAAACAAUGCAAUCUGAAUUACAAUCAUAUAUACAGCAACAACCACCACCUGUACAAUCACAGCAAGUUAUAGAACAGUCUCAAAUACAACAAACACAAUUUCAAACCAUGAAUAUUGGUACUUUGGGACAGCCUAAUGUUGUUACUAUACAACAUCAAGAUAUCAUACAACAUCCUCAAAGUAAUGUAGUAACAUUACCAGCAACCAUUCUCACUGCUACAGUAACUGGUGCACCAGGGUCUGGUAUAACAGUUCCUCCACCUGGAGUACACAUUCCUCCCCAUUCUGGGCCAUUAGUACCACCGCCACAAGCUCAGGAAAUACAAACUUUUAUGCCACCUCCACCAGUUGGACAAGUGCAAUUAAUUGGUCCUCCAUCAACAGUAAGUCAAGUGCAAUAUCAAAUUCAUCCUGGGCAACCAUUACAAAUUCAAGGACUUCAACCUGGAUCACAAUCAUCACCACAACCUGUGGCUCAAAUGUAUGUUAUGAGUCAGCCACCACCACAGAGUCCAGCUCAACAAAACUUUAUUACAAGUAGUAGUGCACCAGUUAGUGGUGCAGUUUCUUAUGUUUACACACAACCAAAUGUGCAAAGGCCUUCUACACCACCGCAAGGAAUUAUCGAAGCUGUCAACGUAAAUUUACAACAGCCACCUCCAGCAACUCCAAUUAAUCUAACUCAACAGCCGCCGCCACCGUUACUGCAUCUUCAUUUUCCACCGCCAAACUUUCCUCCAAAUCAACCACCACCUCCAGUACCACAGACUUAUCAAAUACAAUAUCAGCAAGUGCAGGCACCUGCAUCACAAUCUCAGACACAGUUUGUGUUACAACCUGGGGAGCAUAUUGUUCCACCACAGUUACAACAAAAUCACGAACAAUCUCAGGCUGUGGCUCAGCAUAUGUUACCUCCACAAUUUGAAGGUCAUGCUCCUCAGUUUCAUUUACAAGUACCUCCUCCGUCUACGCAAACUUUUUUAGUCCCUAAUGCUCAAUCGCCUCAACAUCCUCAACAACAUCCUCUUCCUCCUGGAGGUGAAAUUCAACAUCAACAAGAAGGACCAGUGGAUCAAGGUUCUCAGCCUCAACCAGUACCACCUCCACAAAUUGUACCACCACCUGCUGCUCAAAUGCCGAACUCUAUGAACGUUCUUACUAGUAUUCCACCGCCGACACAAGCUCCUCCUCCACAAAAUGCUCCAUGGUUAUAUCAAGCACAACAACCACAGCAAAUGUUGCAAUCACAAGGUCAACUGCAGGUUCAGAUGCCACCCGGAAAUAUACCUCUACAUAAUGUACCUCCACCGCAAGUUCAAGCACAGAUACAGUAUCAUGCUCAGCACAUGCAGUAUCAAAAUGGCCAUAUGCCACCUCAAGUACACUAUACAGUUCAACCACCACCUCAACAGUUUGAACAAAAGCCUGAUUCACCAGAACAGAAGUCUCAUGGUGUAAAAAGAAGGUUUUCAGAUGUUGAAACAAAUCCGGAAGCAUCACCAUAUCAGUGUGGCCCAUUACCUGCUCAACGUCAUGGAACAGGAGAAGGUGAUCGGCAGCAGCAAGUCUUACACGGUCCCUCACCAACAGCUGCGGGCCUACCUCAUGGAGAUCGAAACAAGCUGCUAAUGCCACCUCCACAUUCAGGUGAAAAACGCAGCUUGGACCCAAAAACUGCAGGCAUAAGUUCAGGAAAUGAGCAGAAUCCAAUAGGAGAUUCAGUGAACAUGCAUCCUGGAGGUGGUCCACCUCUGCCUCCUCCUCUUCCGCCACAAGCACCAUGGCAAACUCACCAUAUUAGAGUACCAUGGGGCAGACCACCACCAAUGCCAAGAGAUGGAGAACAUCAAGGAGUGUGUCCUACACUACCUCCAACUAACAUGCCACCACCUCAAAUUAGACCCAGAGGACACAUUGAAGGUAAUCGUUCGCCCGUACAAAAUGCGAUAUUGGAGCAUCCGUUGAAUGUCGAGUAUAAUCAAAUGCCACCGUAUACGACAAAACCUCCCCCUUACAAUUCACACCCAUUGAUGCAAUCCAUUUGCAAUCCACCGCCACCACCACCGCCACAUCAUCAGCAGCGACCACAGCAUCCUCCUCAAACAGUGCAGCAUUAUCAGGUGCCAAUUUCUCAGACAUAUCAGCCACCGACUUCCUGUCCACCGUGGAUGAAUUAA